AUGAGACUCUUGGCGUGCGUCGCGCCGGAACAAAGCCCCCGCCUGGCGACCUACGCCGCCGGGCAGCUGCGCGACCCGCAGGCGGAGGUGCGCUUGGGCGCCUGCGCGCUGCUGGCCGCCUCCGGGGCGGGCCUUGUGGACUUUGCCGCGCGCGCGCUGGGCCCGGCGCUUGCAGACCGUGACGAGCGCGUGAGCCAAGCCGCCUUGAAGGCGCUCGUGCGCCUGGUGCCGUCCGGCAACGAGGCGGCCACGGAGCUGGCGCGGCGGCAGCUGGGCUCGCAGCGACCCUGGGUGCGGCGCUCGGCGCUGGCGGCGCUGGCGCACCUGGCGCCCCCGCCCGCCGACUCAUCCGCGGUCGCGCAGGUCUGCGCCUUGCUGUCGGAUGAGGACUGGCAGGUGCGCCUGGCCGCGGCGCGGGCGCUGCCCCGCCUGGCCCGCCGAGGCGACGCAGCGGCCUCUUGCGCCUUGGAGGCCGCUCUGAGGGACAAGGACCCCACGGUGCGAAGGGUGGCCGCCGGCGCGCUGGCCGGGCAGCUGGGAGGUGCACGUGGCGUCCUGGCCCUCGGCGCCGUUUUUGGCCCUCAAGGCCCAGGACCUCCCGGUGUCGACGUUUAG